CGGCUCCUAAAGCUUCGUCAGAGCAGGGCAGUAGCAGUGACAAGAAGGAACGUCCCAUGAGCACCAUGAGUGAGGCGUCAAACUACACAGGUGGAUCCGACUACAGCACCUUUCCUGGCAGCCCGGCCACCACCGUUACUACAACGACCACCACUUCCACUUCAUCUACACGGCCCUCUAGGUCUUCCAAAAAAAUUCACAACUUUGGGAAGAGGUCCAACUCCAUCAAGAGGAAUCCCAAUGCCCCAGUGGUUAAAAGCAACUGGCUUUACAAACAGGACAGCACAGGCAUGAAGCUGUGGAAGAAGAGGUGGUUUGUUCUGUCCGACAUGUGCCUCUUCUACUACCGUGAUGAGAAAGAGGAUAGCAUCCUGGGAAGUAUCCUGCUUCCCAGCUUCCACAUCUCCAUGUUGUCGGUGGAUGACCACAUCAGCAGGAAAUACGCCUUCAAGGCCACUCACCCCAACAUGCGGACCUAUUAUUUCUGCACUGACACAGCCAAAGAGAUGGAGUCCUGGAUGAAAGUUAUGACGGAUGCUGCCCUCGUUCACACUGAACCUGUCAGAAGACUGGACAAGAUGAAAGUGGACCAACGGACACCUCAGGAGUUGAACAACUUACUGAACCACAGAGUCCUGACCCGGCCCGAGAUCCAGAACAAUGAACGCAACCGUGAGCCAGUGCGACAACACUCCCUAUCUCGGGCCGACGACAAACGACAAAAAGACGUAGAGACGCACAAUGGCCAGAGGGAGCGUGAGUACUACACCUUACAGAGAGACGGGGAGAGGUUCUCCUUGAAGAAAGACGGCGUCAGCUACAUGCUUCAGAAGGACGGAGAGAGGUAUCUCCUCCACAAGGAUGGAGAGAAGUACCUGUUGCGAAAAGAUGGGGAGAAAUCCUUGCUGCAGAAAGACGGAGAGGUGUGCACCAUUCACAGGGAUCUGAAGAAGUACGCUGUGCAGAAAGUAGACGAAAAGUAUACAGUGACGCCAGCAGAAGACAAAUACGCUCCAUCUAACAAUGGAGAGAAGUACCUGCUCGCGAAGGAUGGAGAAAAAUAUGCACUGCAGAAAGUAGGAGACAGGCACACACUCCAGAAAGAUGGACAGAAAUAUGUGCCUCAAAAGGCAGUGAAGAGACAGCUGUCGUUAAAGGAGACAGAGAGGUACGGCACAUUGAGGGAGACGGAGAAUAAAUAUGGUACCAUACAAGUUGUGGACAAAUUCGGCACUCUGAAGGAAGUGAAGAAAUACAGUACGCUACGAGAAGGGGAUAAAUAUGCUGUUCUAAAAGACACAGAGAAAUAUGCUACGGUCCGUGGUGGGGAUAAAUAUGGCUUCCAGGCAGACCCACGUGCAGAGAGGUCUCUGACUAAAAUCAGCAGCAUUAAGCUGCAGCCGGCUCAGGCUGCCGCCAUCGCAGCCGCAGUGUCUGCCUCUCGCCAGGGCCAGGCCAACCUCAGUGUCCAAAAGCCUGUUCAGGUCAACAGCUCGGGGUCCGUGGCAGGGGAGCAGACAGGGGACUGCGGCCUGGCAGAGGUGGACAGCAGCCUGGGUGGGGGUCAAGGAAAGUCCCCUGUUCCAGGCCAGGAGCCAGAGAGGGGCCUGUCCAGGACCAACUCCAUGCAGCAGCUGGAGCACUGGGUCCGCACACACAGAACGAGAGGACUGGACGAUGACACCAGGAGUGUUACGUCUUACCAGACCUUACCCAGGAACAUGCCCAGCCACCGCGCUCAGAUUGUGCCCCGCUACCCAGAGGGCUAUCGCACACUGCCCCGCAACAGCGUGAUGAGGCCAGACAGCAUUUGCAGUGUGGCGGGCUCCGUUUAUGAUCGGGCCCUCCGUCCCACCACCACCACCGUCACCACAGCGGAGAAGAGGAGGUCGAUGAGGGACGACACCAUGUGGCAGCUGUAUGAAUGGCAGCAGAGGCAGGCCUUCUCUCGACAGAGUCUGGCUCAGCCAACUGCUGUGGGUCAUUAUGGCACCUUGCCCAGCACAAAGACCAUGGGCAACAUCUCUGAACAUGUUGUGGCACACUCCAUCCCCACCUCACCGUCUCACGGCUCCCUGGCUCUCUACAGCACCUUCUCCCCUCCUCGCCAACAGGUCACUCACAACCCCAGCAGCUCCCACUCUGAGGUGUCCUCACCGGUCUUCAGGGGGGACGUGACGCUGGACCACCGGCACAGGACACACCUCGCCAAGUACGGUUACCCACCUGACCGGCGAUCCAUCGCAGCCGGCGUCCCUCCUCAGACCAUCACCCAGCAGUCCCUGCAAGGCAAGACAACUGAUGUUCUUUCCCAUCACCUCCAGAGGAACCUUAUUUACCUGGACAACCAGAUCAGCCCAGACGAACACAAAGAUAGCUCCUUCAUCCAGCGCACAGAGGAGGCCGACAUAGACACCAAGCUGAGCAGACUGUGUGAGCAGGACAAGGCGGUGAGGAUGCAGGAGGAGAAACUGCAGCAGCUACACAGAGAGAAGCACACUCUGGAGACAGCCCUGCUGUCUGCCAGUCAGGAGCUGAGUGAACAGAGCGGCUCGAGCGGUGCAGCCAAUCAGAGCCUGGUCCAGCAGAGAGACGUGCUGCAGAACGGCCUGCUCAGCACCUGCAGAGAGCUGGCCAGAGUCAACACUGAGUUGGAGCGCUCCUGGAGGGAGUACGACAGGUUGGGGGCAGAUGUCACUCUGGCCAAGUCCAACCUGCUGGAGCAGUUGGAGGCCCUGGGCAGCCCUCAGACAGAGCCUCCAAGCCAGCGGCACAUCCAGAUCCAGAAGGAGCUGUGGAGGAUUCAGGAUGUGAUGGAGGCUUUGGCCAAAAAUAAACCACAGCGGAGCACAGACAACACAGCUUUUCCUGAUUCCAAACCACUUUCCAGUCUCCAGAAGAAUGAGCAAGCUCCAGACUACAGGUUGUAUAAGAGCGAGCCUGAGCUGACCACAGUGAAGGAGGAAGUGGACGAGGCCACCAGUGAGGAAAAGGACAAGACAGAGACCUCUGCUGAGAGUAAAGACACUGCAGCCCUGAAAGCAGUGCCCCCCUAUCCGGUGGGCAUUGUUCCUCCCAGGACAAAAUCUCCCAUGAGCCCUCCCGAGUCCACCACCAUCGCCUCCUAUGUCACCCUGAGGAAGACCAAGAAGCCUGAAUAUAGAUCAGAGCGUCCCAGGAGUGCAGUGGAUCAGACGUGGUUUGGGGAGCGAGAGGUGGGCAGAGCCAGGAUGAGUGUGGAGGAGCAGUUGGAGAGGAUGAGGAGAAACCAGGAGGCUUCAUCACUCAGGGAGAAGAAGAGAGAAAUACCAUCCCGCUCACCGUCCUUUAGCAAAGACUGCCCUUUUGUUAUCCCUCAGAGUCGGGUCCAGGCGGAGGGGGCCUGUGCAGACCCUGUGGAGCUGGAGGCGGCUUUGCGGCAGCUGAAGGAGGCUCACAUGGAGCAGAGCAGCACGGCUGAACCUGCACCACAGAAAGUGCAGAGAGCUGAGGAGUGUGUGGAAGUGCAGCAGGAAAGGGAUGUGGCCCUGCAGAGUGUACACCAUGAGCUGUGUGAAAGCAAUAGGGUGGUGAUUCUGGACCUGGGUAUGGAGCCUCAGCAUGUGGAGAUUGUAAACCUUCAGCCUUUUGAGGAUGACGAAAGCAGAGAGCAAGAACUGACAAGCUCGCCAACGAACACUACCACCGAAAACAGCUUCCAAACUCCUGAGCCUGAGACGCCGAGCCCAGAGCCUAGGGAGGAAGAAUCGGAAAUGACAGAGCAAAUCACCAGAGAGGAGAGGCUAGAGAAUAGCUUAGAUUCUCCUAACCAGCAAACAGCAGAUGACAAGAAACACAACAACAACAACAACAACAUGUUGGCGUCGCAGACGUUUACCUUGGUGAGCAGCGACACGUGAGUGACGCCGGCAUCCACACUGGCGUCCCAUAAAGCCCAAAUGUAGCCAGCCUGCACCGAGCAUGCUCCACGGCUUCCUGCGUUUACAACAGAACUACUUUGAUACUACUGUUACAUGCCCACAAGGAGACUGAGACAGAGGAUGACAGCCCUGCUAACAGACAGAGAGAAAGGCAGAUUGACUGGAACUUAAGAUCCUGUUAGAUCUCCCUGAGCAAAGCACUAAUUCUGUGGAGUCAUAUCUGUCCCAAAAUGUUUCUGCACAAAAUUAAGAUUGUGAAAUGGUUUAGUCAUUAAAAACGUAGAUAUGU